UCGCCCGCGCCCGGGGCCUGGCCAGGUGCUCCGCUACACCCGUCGCGCGUCGCUGCGGGGCCCGCGCUGCCGGACGCCUCUCCAUGCUGGCACUUAGUGUUCUGUGACCUGAGUCACCUCAGGGAAGGCGGUGAAAUGAUGCCACGGUGCCAGGGACGAGGGCAGGUCUAGCCAGGGAAGUGCAGGGUGCCAGGGAGGUGAGGGCAGGUCCUGAGGGCGGCCUGCGGCAGGGCAAAGCUGCGCGGGCUCUCCCGAGUGCGCGAGGCAGGCCGUGCCCUUGGCGAGUGUGUGAGAGUGCCCGAGGGCGCGAGUGUGUGUGUGUGGGGAGGAGGGAGUGUCAGAGAGGGCCCAGGGCGUCUCUGUGCGGCUGACGGGUGGGCGGCGCAGCGGCUACGCGACGCCUACUGCUGUCAGCAGCGCCUGGGAGCAGCAGCAGCAGCAGCAGCAGCAGCAGCACGACGAAGCUGUCAGGUGUGGGGGGGGUGGGGGGGCCUACCACCGCUAGCACGACACCAUGAGGUAGCCUCCAAGGGCACCACAGGGCACUGACCCCCGUUGACCCCACCUCCAGGGGUAAAAACCCCCCCCUCGCCGACCCCUUUCCAGGGGGGAGCAUCACGCCUGACCCGGGAGGGGGCCGCCGCCCCCCCUCCCCUGCACCCAGACCUGAGCAAAUACAUUUAAAUUCAAACAAUGUUUUAGACAAAUUUGACUGCUGUAUUCCCCUCUAGCUAGAGGGGGAAGCCUAGGAGGACCUAGGAGGACCUAGGAGGACCCAGGGGGACCUAGGAGAAGGCAGCCGAGGGGACACACCCUUUAUUUCGGGGGGGCGGGACUCCCCCCUCCCCCCUCCCCCUCGCCACGUCGCUAGACGGAAUUACAAAUUGUGAGAGGACAGGCCCACAGGGAACUCUAGUCAAGCUGAAGGAACUGCUGACGAAGCAGAUGUCCUCUGGGAAGGUCGGGCUGAAGAUGGCAAAGCUGAGACGCGAAGCUUCAGGCUCCGACAGCGGGUGCGAGGAGAGUCAGAAGAACAACAAGGAGAAGGACAAGGAGAAGCCCUCGACGGAGAACAGUGUUAGGAACCUCAAUAGCGGAGCGGCGGGGGCCCCUACCAGCGGCCCUACCUCAGGCGGAAACACGGGCGGAAGCGCCUCCUCCCUCGGUGGGGCGCCGCCCCCUUCGGCAGUGAGUGGAGAUAUGAUAAUAAAAGGGGCGCCACCUACCAGCAACCCGAACACCGCCGUGGCGGCGGCGGCGGCGGCCAGGAAUAUCAACCAGCAACGACCUAAACCUUGCUGUUUCUUCUGGUGCUGCUGCUGUAGGUGUUCUUGUUUAAAUGUGAAAACUGCCGACGACCACAGACACAAGAUUGGCAGAAUAGACUUGUUAAAUGGAGACAACGAACCACCACCUACGAUAGAGGACAUCCGGGCGUGGAGCGACUCCUUCGAGAGAUUAAUGAAGUGUUCGAGCGGGCGCCAGGCCUUCAGGGACUUCCUCAAGUGCGAGUACUCGGAGGAGAACAUACUGUUCUGGCAGGCGUGCGAGGAGCUCAAGGGAGAGAACAACCCGGCCAUCAUCGAGGAGAAGGCCAGGCUUAUAUACGAGGACUACAUCUCUAUACUCUCUCCCAAGGAGGUGUCGCUGGACUCGAGAGUGCGGGAGAUCAUCAACAGGAACAUGGUGGACCCGACGCCCCACACCUUCGACGAGGCGCAGACGCAGAUAUACACUCUCAUGCACCGCGACUCCUACCCGCGCUUCAUCAACUCCGCCAUCUACAAGCGCCUCGCACAACUCAAUAAUAACGGGAGCAGCAGCAGUAGCAGAAAAGAAAGUUCAACAUAGGCGUCCGUGUGUGUGUGUGUGUGUGUGUGUGUGUGUGUGUGUAUGUGUGUGUUUCAACACCCCCCCCCCCCCCGUUCCCCUUUCUAUUCCUUAUUCCCUCCAUCCUUUCCACCCCCCUUCCUUUUUUCCCCUUAUUUACCUUCCCAUUUCCUCACUCUUGCCUAAGUGUAUUACCUCCCUCGUCGACCUCACAAUGCACCCUUUUCCUUAUUUCUGAGUUGGGGACCAGAAAUUACAUGACAAAAAAUACGUUCAUUGAAAACGGGAUUAGGGCAAUGCGUUGGUCACAACUGAAGAACGGAUUGUGAGUAUAUAAGUUUGUAAAUUAAGUACAUAAGUAUGCUUGAGCGUUUAUAAGUAGGUGAAGAGCUAAGCUCCAACGUUCAUCACUCAACGCACAGAUAAUCCCCCUUCCCAAACGGGUGAGAACAUUUAGGAGCUCAACUAAUGUGAGUCAGACCAAUGCUUGGUGGGUUAGGCGUUGUUCAUUUCAAUCUUUUUUCUACCUCCUAGUUUGUGCAACCACUUGUUGUCCAAGAGGCAUGAAUUAGGCACAGCUUAACGUGAUAUCUGAGGCAAAAGUAAUGCAAAAUACUAAUUGGCACACUAAACAAAUUAAAAACAAAACAAAAAAUAUUUGCAAAUGUAAAGAAAACGGAUGAGAGAGGAACAGAUGUCAGUUUCUCUCACAUUUUUUUUUCUUUCAGUAGAGAUGGUAAUUUAUCUUGUCAGAAGAGACAGUACAAAUAAGUUUAAGCUGAGAACGAUCGUGUCCAAAAAAUAAACUGCCACACCUCUCCUACAACCCCCAUUAUUUGCAUACAAAAAUUGAAGAGAGUGCCAGCCUUAGCUUGGUGGAAGAAAAUGCUAGACCUUGCCAGUCGCUACACUUAAAGGGUAACUCAAAUAAACCCUUACGACAGGUAUAACUAAAUUAAUCUAUACGGAUGGAUUUGACUAUUUUCUUCUCGUUUAGAUUUUGACUUGACGAAAACUUUAUAAAUAAAGGUAUUACUACAAAUAAUAUUGAAUUAAUAGAUGUUUUUAGAUAUUAUUAAUAGUUUAAGAAAGGCGUGAAAAAUGGUGCCCGAUAGCACAAAGGUGUAACGCUUUUUACCUUAAUAAGCUUUAAAGAUGUGUAGGAUACUCAAAAUUUCACCCCCAAAGCUUAACGAUGUGCUCAAAGCUUAUUAUGGUAGAUAUCGUCACAUUCCAAGUAUUAUUUAAUGCCAGAAAAAAGAAAUGUAUAUUGUAGAAUUUCAAGUUAAGAGAAUUUUUGUAUCUUGGAUAAUUGUGAGUUGAAUGCAUAUCCCAAUACAAUUAUACGCCCGUAUAUAUGUCAAGGUAUUACCGAAAUAUUAUAUAUUGCCCUUCUUACCCUAAAAAAAAAUAUUCCAACUAAUUUUCUGUUUUCAAAAUCGUGGGGGUAUGGAAUUUUAUAUUUAACAUAUAUGAAAAAUAGAACACCUGUACUUAAAAAAAAAAAAAUUCGAUGCCUCUGGAUGACUAAAUAGAUAUAUAAUCCUCUUUUAUGAUAGUUUGUUAAUGUAAAUAUUUCGCUCUGGGGACGUACUCGGGAAUGGGGGGUGAGUGUCUCGUCUAGACAUAGAACCACCUGGUUGCAAGGAACUGUCAAUUACUUAAUUAACUCUUGCCGUCUAAACUCCUGCACCAAUUUCAGCUAACGCAAGAUCAAAUCAACUGUUACAUAAGUGACUUCCUGUGGAUAUACAUCCAUACUAAAUCGUAUACAAUUACCUCUCAAUGACGAAGCCUAUGCACUUGGGUUUCGUGAGGUGAAGUCAUCAUCAAUAGUCACAUUUUCCACUAUAUGACAUUUGAUAUGAAGGAUUUUCAUUGUUGUAGUUGCAUACUUUGUUUUGUCCCCCCCCCCAGCGACCGUGACGUGCAGGGGUAGCGCCAUUGCAACACUAUGGGUAACACAAGAUCCCCGCAGCUUCCUUCAGCACCCAUGGUGAUAUCUGGUCUGGUGUUACUACUUUCGAUACAUCCAGUUCCUCCAGGUAUCUUUUGACCUUCUCUACAUUAACUUCAAUUGUGUCUAGUGUUGCAGACGAUGAGCCACAAUAACGGGUCUGAAGAUGUGAUGACACCCAGCAACACUAAUCAACGUCAUCAACGUUGAUUCAGACUCAGCGACGUUGAUUGAACGAGUAACCAACACCAGACUUGGGUAUUGUACCCACUUGGUAACACUCUUGGUAUGGCACACACGAAGGUCGAAGGGGAAUAAGAGUUGUCAAUAUACUCCAGAAUUUCAGAAUGGUAUCACCAUCAACCCUUAUUGUUGUCUCUGAUGGGUUCCCAGCGACGAGGCCUCAAGUCUUCGUCUUAAGCAUGAAGUCUUUAUGUUUAUGAAGCCUCUCAAGCCAAUGGCCGAUCUUCCCGAGGAUGCAAUACACAAUAGUUGCCUAAAUCCUAGAUAACUAUGCUAGGUGAACAGAGGCACCGAGAGUAGGGAAACGUGGCGUAACGUCUUGCUCUGCCUUGGAAUCGAACCUGGAAACAACCGGUUGUGAGCAGUGCGUCAAAAACGACGGAAUGGCGUCUUAAGGCGAGACGCAGACAGACGAAGGGACGAUCUUGACAUGAGAAAAGGAAGAGGGAGCGGGGGGGGGGAGGGUCAUAUGGUAUUGGGAAGGGGGGAAGAUUAAUAUAUUCGAGGGUAAAUCCCGAGUACGUCUCCAGGUAGCGGCCCAAAAUCCCCAGUGCUGUUAUGACUGUUUCUCGUCUAGGUAUUUGUAUGUAGACAAUUGAACAGAACUGUAUGAGCAUGUCAAAUUUUUAAGAUGUCAUUGAGGCAUCACAUUAACCAUCAAAGCUCAAUACUUUUUCCUUAAGGAUGCUGGGUGGAUUACAAACCAAAUACUCUUUUUUAAGUCAACAGUUUCUGACAUGUCAAUUACCUCACUUUUUACACAAGAGUGCAUUUGUCAUAUUUUUUUUUUUUGUCUUAGCCUCUAUAGAAAAUACACACGAAUACCAAUGGCAUUUCCUGUGCAGCAAUUCAGAGAUUAUUUUCAAAUAGACGAUAGAUAAUUAUGAGGAGGAAUUUUUAAACUGUUCAUUGACAGAAAAAUAUGGUGAGGCUUUUCAGAGCAUUAGUGCUGGAAAUUACCAAUGUCCCGUAAGUGUCCAGUGUAAGACCCGCGUUCGAGCCUGCUCAUGCGGCCUAUAGCGGGCACUGUCAACAGAAAAACAAUGUGCAACAGAGCCAAACAAUUGUGCAGAUACAGGCCUGUUAGAUUGGCGUGGCAGGACCCAUAGAAAAGAUGCGAGUUUAUCGUGUGUUUUUAGCAGGCCUACCAUGUGAAAAUAAUUACCAGAAGGGUCUGACAGUGUCCGUCGCCAGGGAAUGAAGACAUCUGACACCGGGGAGAUGUGACACAUGUGUCACACAUGUGUCACACAUAUGCCAAAGACAUACGUCUAGUCUGGAGUGCUCACUGUGUUCGGCUGUGGCCCAGCCUGGCUACAGCACGGCAACAGCCUGGCUACAGCACGGCUAAAGCCUGGCUACAGCACGGCUACAGCACGGCUAAAGCCUGGCUACAGCACGGCUACAGCCUGGCUACAGCACGGCUACAGCCUGGCAACAGCCUGGAUACAGCCUGGCCACAGCACGGCUACAGCCUGGCUACAGAACGGCUAUAGCCUGGCUACAGACUAGCUACAGCACGGCUACAGCCUGGCUACAGCCUGGCUACAGCAUGGCUACAGCCUGGCUACAGCACGGCUACAGCCUGGCUACAGCACAGCUACAGCCUAACUACAGCACGGCUACAGCCUAGCUACAGCACGGCUACAGCCUGGCUACAGCAUAGUUACAGCCUAGCUACAGCACGGCUACAGCCUGGCUACAGCACGGCUACAGCCUGGCAACAGCCUGGCAACAACCUGGUUACAGCACGGCUACAGCUUGGCUACAGCACGGCUACAGCACAGCUACAGCACGGCUACAGCCUUGCUACAGCACAGCUACAGCCUGGCUACAGCAUGGCUGCAAAACAGCUACAGCCUGGCUACAUCCUGGCUACAGAACGGCUACAGCACGGCUACAUCCUGGCUACAGCACGGCUACAGCCUGGCUAUAGCACAGCUACAGCACGGCUACAGCCUGGCUAUAGCACAGCUACAGCCUGGCUACAGCACGGCUACAGCCUGGCAACAGCCUGGAUACAGCACGGCUACAGCCUGGAUACAGCACGGCUACAGCCUGGCUACAGCCUGGCUACAGCACAGCCACAGCACGGUUACAGCCUGGCUACAGCCUGGCUACAGCACGGCUACGGCCUGGCUACAGCACGGCUACAGCCUUGCUACAGAGCUACAGCACGGCUAGAGCACGGCUAUAGCCUGGCUACAGCACGGCAACAGCCUGGCUAUAGCACGGCUACAGCCUGGCUACAGCACGGCUACAGCAUGGCUACAGCAUGGCUACAGCACAGCUACAACACGGCUACAGCACUGCUACAGCCUGGCUACAGCACGGCUACAGCAUGGCUACAGCCUGGCUACAGCACGGCUACAGCACGGCUACAGCCUGGCAACAGCCUAGCUACAGCAUGGCUACAGCCUGGCUACAAUAUGGCUACAGCACAUCUACAGCCUGGCUACAGCACGGCUACAGCCUGGCUACAGCACGGCUACAGCACAUCUACAGCCUGCCUACAGCACGGCUAUACCCUGGCUACAGCACGGCUACAGCAUGGCUACAGCACAUCUACAGCCUGGCUACAGCACGGCUAUACCCUAGCUACAGCACGGCUACAGCCUGGCUACAGCACAUCUACAGCACGGCUACAGCCUGGCUACAGCACGGCUACAGCCUGGCUACAGCACGGCUAUACCCUAGCUACAGCACGGCUACAGCCUGGCUACAGCACAUCUACAGCACGGCUACAGCCUGGCUACAGCACGGCUACAGCCUGGCUACAGCACGGCUACAGCCUGGCUACAGCACGGCUACAGCCUGGCUACAGCACGGCUACAGCCUGGCUACAGCACAGCAACAGCCUGGCUACAGCACAGCUACAGCCUGGCUACAGCACGGCUACAGCCCGGCUACAGCACAGCUACAGCACAGCUACAGCAUGCCUACAGCCUGGCUACUGCACGGCUACAGCUUGGCUACAGCACGGCUACUGCCCGGCUACAGCUUUGCUACAGCAGAGCUACUGCAUGCCUACAGCCUGGCUACAGCACGGCUACAGCCUGGCUACAGCAUGGCUACAGCACAGCAACAGCCUGGCUACAGCACAGCUACAGCCUGGCUACAGCACGGCUACAGCCUGGCUACAGCACGGCUACAGCACGGCUACAGCCUGGCUACAGCACGGCUACAGCCUGGCUACAGCAUGGCUACAGCACAGCAACAGCCUGGCUACAGCACAGCUACAGAAAGGCUACAGCACGGCUACAGCACGGCUACAGCACGGCUACAGCACGGCUACAGCCUGGCUACAGCACGGCUACAGCCUGGCUACAGCAUGGCUACAGCACGGCUACAGCCUGGCUACAGCAUGGCUAUAGCAUGGCUACAGCACGGCUACAGCACGGCUACAGCCUGGCUACAGCACGGCUGCAGCACGGCUACAGUCUGGCUACAGCCUGGUUACAGCACGGCUACAGCCUGGCUACAGAAUGGCUAUAGCAUGGCUACAGCACGGCUACAGCCUGGUUACAGCACGGCUACAGCCUGGCUACAGAAUGGCUAUAGCAUGGCUACAGCACGGCUACAGCACGGCUACAGCCUGGCUACAGCAUGGCUACAGCAUGGCUACAGCACGGCUACAGUACGGCUACAGCCUGGCUACAGCACGGCUACAGCAUGGCUAUAGCAUGGCUACAGCACGGCUACAGCACGGCUACAGCCUGGCUACAGCAUGGCUGCAGCACGGCUACAUUCUGGCUACAGCCUGGCUACAGCACGGCUACAGCAUGGCUAUAGCAUGGCUACAGCACAGCUACAGCCUGGCUACAGCAUGGCUACAGCCUGGCUACAGCAUGACUACAGCCUGGCUACAGCCUGGCAACAGCCUGGCUAAAGCAUGGCUACAGCCUGGCUACAGCAUGGCUACAGCCUGGCUACAGCAUGGCUACAGCCUGGCUACAGCACGGCUACAGCCUGGCUACAGCAUGGCUACAGCCUGGCUACAGCAUUGCAAUAGCAUGGCUACAGCCUGGCUACAGCAUUGCAAUAGCAUGGCUACAGCAUGGCUCUAGCACGGCUAUAGCACGGCUACAGCAUAGCUACAGCACGGCUACAGCCUGGUUACAGCACGGCUACAGCACGGCUGCAGCCUGGCUACAGCACGGCAACAGCACAGCUACAGCCUGGCUACAGCACGGCAACAGCACGGCUACAGCACAGCUACAGCCUGGCUACAGCACGGCUACAGCCUUGUUACAGCCUGGCUACAGCACAGCUACAGCCUGGCUACAGCACAGCUACAGCACGGCUACAGCACGGCUACAGCCUGGCUACAUCACAGCUACAGCACGGCUACAGCCUUGCUACAGCCUGGCUACAGCACGGCUACAGCACAGCUUCAGCCUGGCUACAUCACAGCUACAGCACGGCUAUAGCCAGGCUACAGCACGGCUAUAGCCAGGCUACAGUACGGCUAUAGCACGGCUACAGCCUUGCUACAGUACGGCUACAGUCGGUCUACAGCAUGGAUACAGGACGGCUAAAGCACGGCGACAACCUGGCUACAGCACGGCUACAGCCUGGCUACAUCACGGCUACAGCCUGACUACAGCACGGUUACAGUCUGGCUAAAACACGGCUACAGCCUGGCUACAGCACGGCUACAGCCUGGCUACAGCCUGGCUACAGCAUGGCUACGGCCUGGUUACAGCAUGCCUACAGCCUGGCUACAGCAUGCCUACAACCUGGCUACAGCAUGCCUACAGCCUGCCUACAGCUUGCCUCCAGCCUGGCUACAGCAUGCCUCCAGCCUGGCUACAGCAUGCCUACAGCCUGGCUACAGCAUGCCUACAGCCUGGCUACAGUCUGGCUACAGCAUGCCUACAGCCUGGUUACAGCAUGCCUACAGCCUGGUUACAGCAUGCCUACAGCCUGGCUACAGCAUGCCUACAGCAUGGCUACAGCAUGCCUACAGCCUGGCUACAGUAUGGCUACAGCCUGGCUACAGCAUGGCUACAGCACGGCUACGGCCUGGCUACAGCACGGCUACGGCCUGGCUACAGCACGGCUACGGCCUGGCUACAGCAUGCCUACAGCCUGGCUACAGCAUGCCUACAGCAUGCCUACAGCCUGGCUACAGCAUGCCUACAGCCUGGCUACAGCACGGCUACGGCCUGGCUACAGCACGGCUAGGCCUGGCUACAGCCUGUCCACAGCACGGCUACAGCCUGUCUACAGCACGGCUUCAGCCUGACUACAGCACGGCUACAGCCUGUCUACAGCACGGCUACAGCCUGGCUACAGCCUGUCUACAGCAUGGCUACAGCCUGACUACAGCACGGCUACAGCCUGGCCACAGCACGGCUACAGCCUGGCUACACCACGGCUACAGCCUGGCUACAGCACGGCUACAGCCUGGCUACAGGACGUCUACAGCACGGCUACAGCACGGCUACAGCCUGGCUACAGCACGGCUACAGCCUGGUUACAGCACAGCUACAGCCUGGCUACACCACGGCUACAGCCUGGCUACAGCACGGCUACAGCCUGGCUACAGGACGUCUACAGCACGGCUACAGCCUGGCUACAGCACGGCUACAGCCUGGUUACAGCACAGCUACAGCCUGGCUACAGCACAGCUACAGCCUGGCUACAGCACGGAUACAGCCUGGCUACAGCACGGCUACAGCCUGGCUACAGCACGGCUACAGCCUGGCUACAGGACGUCUACAGCACGGCUACAGCACGGCUAAAGCCUGGCUACAGCACGGCUAGAGCCUGGCUACAGCCUGGCUACAGCCUGGCUACAGCACGGCUAGAGCCUGGCUACAGCCUGGCUACAGCACGGCUACGGCCUGGCUACAGUACGGCAUCGGCCUGGCUACAGCAUGCCUACAGCCUGGAUACAGCAUGCCUACAGCCUGGCUACAGCACGGCUACAGCCUGGCUACAGCACGGCUACGGCCUGGCUACAGCACGGCUACGGCCUGACUACAGCAUGCCUACAGCCUGGCUACAGCAUGCCUACAGCAUGCCUACAGCCUGGCUACAGCACGGCUACAGCCUGUCUACAGCACGGCUACAGCCUGACUACAGCACGGCUACAGCCUGACUACAGCCUGGCUACAGCACGGCUACAGCCUGGCUACAGCACGGCUACAGCCUGGCUACAGCACGGCUACAGCCUGGCUACAGCCUGGCUAUAGCCUGGCUACAGCACGGCUACAGCCUGGCUACAGCACGGCUACAGCCUGACUACAGCCUGGCUACAGCCUGGCUACAGCCUGGCUACAGCCUGACUACAGCCUGUCUACAGCACGGCUACAGCCUGUCUACAGCACGGCUACAGCCUGGCUACAGCAUGGCUACAGCCUGUCUACAGCACGGCUACAGCCUGACUACAGCCUGGCUACAGCACGGCUACAGCCUGGCUACAGCACGGCUACAGCCUGGCUACAGCACGGCUACAGCCUGGCUACAGCACGGCUACAGCCUGGCUACAGCACGGCUACAGCCUGACUACAGCCUGGCUACAACCUGGCUACAGCCUGGUUACAGCCUGGCUACACCACGGCUACAGCAUGGCUACAGCCUGACUACAGCCUGGCUACAGUCUGGCUACAGCCUGGCUACACCGCGGCUACAGCCUGGGUACAGCACGGCUACAGCCUGGCUACACCACGGCUACAGCCUGGCUACAGCACGGCUACACAGAUUAUACUCUCACAAAUUUUAUGUAUUGUAAUCAUUUCAUGGAUUACAUUUGAUUACAUAUACAGUGAAUAUGCUUACAUUGUUAAAUUAGAACCACCUCCCCCCCCCCUAGUCCUAAUAUAAUUUGUAAUGUAAGUCAAAAUUGCUGUUCCUUGUUACAAAGCAAUAUUUGUUAUUUCAAUGUUAACAAUUCGGUCCAGUCUUUCAAUGGUGAUUAUUUUUAUUUUUAAGAAAUGUAACUGGAUCUAAUAAAGCCAUAUUGUCUUCAAUAUCAUGUAAAUCCCUCUGUAUGAGCCCCUUUUCCUUCACCCUUCUUCACCUCUCCCACAAGACGCUGGUUACAGUCUGAAAAGGGAAGGAAUUAGCAAGUUUAGAGGAACAGGGUAAAGGGGGCACUGAGUUCCAAAAAGCGUGCCUAACUACUUGCAUCAUCGGGGAUUGAACACCGACCUUGCAGGAUGUGAGGUUGACCAGACCAAGAGGGCUGACAUGGGGGGGGGGGGGAGAAUGGGGGUUUUUACUACUUGUGUCAAAACGUUUCUUGAUAGGAACGGGAUAUUGAUCCCCGGUUACCUUUUGGGAUUAUUCCGGGGCUUAGCGUCCCCGCGGCCCGGUCCUCGACCAGGUCUUAGUUGAGAGGUGAGCUGGGAACCACUGCCACACUGCGUGUGCUGGGACUAGCGCUGUGGGGGCUGUGACAAGGGGUGAGGGGCUGGGAUCCCAGCUUCCAUUAGCCUCCUGCAGGAGUCAUCCUUCUGCAGGGGUCAAUCAUCCUUCAGGAGUCAUCCUCCUGCAGAAGUCAAUCAUCCUACAGGAGUAGGCCUCCUGCAGAAGUCAAUCAUCCUUCAGGAGUAGGUCUCCUGCAGGAGUCAAUCAUCCUUCAGGAGUAGGUCUUCUGCAGGAGACAAUCAUCCUUCAGGAGUAGGUCUCCUGCAGGAGUCAAUCAUCCUUCAGGAGUAGGUCUUCUGCAGGAGACAAUCAUCCUUCAGGAGUAGGUCUCCUGCAGGAGUCAAUCAUCCUUCAGGAGUAGGUCUCCUGCAGGAGUCAAUCAUCCUUCAGGAGUAGGUCUUCUGCAGGAGACAAUCAUCCUUCAGGAGUAGGUCUCCUGCAGGAGUCAAUCAUCCUUCAGGAGUAGGUCUUCUGCAGGACACAAUCAUCCUUCAGGAGUAGGUCUUCUGCAGGAGUCAAUCAUCCUUCAGGAGUAGGUCUUCUGCAGAAGUCAAUCAUCCUUCAGGAGUAGGCCUCCUGCAGGAGUCAAUCAUCCUUCAGGAGUAGGCCUCCUGCAGGAGUCAAUCAUCCUCCAGGAGUAGGUCUUCUGCAGGAGACAAUCAUCCUUCAGGAGUAGGCCUCCUGCAGGAGACAAUCAUCCUUCAGGAGUAGGCCUCCUGCAGGAGUCAAUCAUCCUUCAGGAGUAGGCCUCCUGCAGGAGACAAUCAUCCUUCAGGAGUAGGUCUUCUGCAGGAGUCAAUCAUCCUUCAGGAGUAGGUCUUCUGCAGGAGUCAUCAUCCUUCAGGAGUAGGUCUUCUGCAGGAGUCAAUCAUCCUUCAGGAGUAGGUCUUCUGCAGGAGUCAAUCAUCCUUCAGGAGUAGGUCUUCUGCAGGAGUCAUCAUCCUUCAGGAGUAGGUCUACUGCAGGAGUCAUCAUCCUUCAGGAGUAGGUCUUCUGCAGGAGUCAAUCAUCCUUCAGGAGUAGGUCUUCUGCAGCAGUCAAUCAUCCUUCAAGAGUAGGUCUUCUGCAGCAGUUAAUCAUCCUUCAGGAGUAGGCCUCCUGCAGGAGUCAAUCAUCCUUCAGGAGUAGGCCUCCUGCAGAAGGACAACUCAUAAUGAAAAACAUUUUCCUGAAUGGAUGCAAACACCCCCUCCCCCCCAUCCUCCCCCCCCCUCUCCCAAUCCUCCCCUCCCUCCCAAUCCUCCCCCAUUACAUGGUAUUCCAUGCUGUCUUUAAUCCUUUUUUUUCCCUCAUCAUCCAAUGAACGACGGUGUACUUUUCAAGACUAAUAGAGUCCUGCUGUACAUAGUCUAUGUAGAUAUGGUGACCAUAAAUCUACUCUUGAAUAGCGAAGUACUGUUUCUGAUAGAAUAUAAGUUAAACAGAAUUAAUA